CUUGUCAACAACUUCCACCGCGUCAUGGCCGAAGCUAACACUUCUGCGACCAAACGAAAACGCGUCGAUUCAAAUGCGCCACUACCUCCGCGGCCGCUUUGGCUUCCUUAUGGUGACAUCAUUCUCAAGGUCGAGGGGGUUGAUUUUCGCGUCAAUCGCGACGUGCUUGCGAAACAUUCAACCGUCUUCGCCGAUAUGUUCUCCGUGCCUCAGCCUACGAACCCCCCGUCAAUGGACAAUGUUCCUACCGUCGAACUUCCGGGAGACAGUGCGAAGGAUUGGACGUUGCUUUUAGACCUUUUCUACGAUCCCUACAAAUAUGGAGAAAAUAUGCCUCUAGCCAUGAUACAAACAAUGCUCAGGCUUGCGCAGAAAUACGACAUGGCCGGAGUUCGCAAACACGCUGUCGCUCUCAUUCAUCUCGAGUUUCCAAGUACUCUCUCAGCCUACGACAAGACGAUUGCCGGUGGCCGUUGGGUGCCGACGCGAUUGGCCCCGCAGGCUGGUUUAGAGCUUGAGCUGCUGAUCGAGGUCGACACAUACGAAAUCAGAACCAGUUUUCCUGCGUUAGCGUUGCAAUGCCUUAAAGUCAACCCACUUGUGCUGCGCCGCAAGGAUGGGUCGCGUAUCGUUGCCAGUUCCCGGCUGCGGAUCAAGCUUGCUGUUGCAGCGCAGAAGAUUGCGAGCCACCAACACGACACAUUUGGCUGGCUGAAAUUUGACGACGACAGUGUCAUACCUGACGCUGACUGUACAGACGAGAAUUGCGAAACUAUGCGGCCACAAAUGCAUCUGGAGCUCAUUCAAGGAUGGGCGGAGCAGCAUUAUCCGCUGCUGGCACUGUGGGACAACGGCCUUUUAGGAGCGACUUCGCUUGCUUUACAUCCGCCGAUGACCCAAAUCUACACAUCCCCGCUUCCAGACGUCCCCAUCUGCGAAACAUCCAUUUUCACCCACCUUUUUGCCUCGCAAACCCCAUCCAAGGCCGACAUCGGUGGCUUCCCCGCUUCAGCGCCGGCCUAUAUCGAUGCAGUGUCUGGGACAUCGCUCAGUCGAGCCCAGCUCCGUGACCUGGCUCUGCGGUUCGCGUUUGGACUGCGCAACCAUGCGAAUACCGCCAACUCCGCGAAAAGGGGAGAGGUGGUGUUGUUCCACGCGCCAAAUGCACUCGCCUGGCCGGUAGCACUGUGUGGAAGUAUCGCAGCUGGUCUCCGUUGCACACUCGCCAACAGCGCAUAUACUGCUCGCGAACUCGCCCACCAGUACCAGGAUAGCGGGGCAAAAUUGCUUAUAACGACAGUCGAAGGUAUUCCUGUUGUUCGGGCCAUGUUCGCUGAGCUCGGAAUGGACGAAAAAGAUGCAAUGAGGCGUGUGAUCGUUUUCGGAUUGCGAGAGUUGCGUUGGGCCUCUGAACUCGGCUUUACUUUGCGAAACGAUGCAGGUGGAUGGGCUAGGUUCGAGGAACUGCUUGGGAUGGGCAGUUUACAAGUCGGGCAGGAGGAGAAGUUUGAGGGUGGCGAGUCCCAUGAGACAGUCUAUCUGUGCUAUAGCUCUGGGACGACGGGCAAGCCCAAAGGUGUUGAAACAAGCCAUCGCAAUUUGACUGCUGUUCUCGCCAUGAUGCGCCACCUCUUUCCGUCUCUCGCGUCGGGAAACAACACUGUACUCGGAAUCUUGCCAUUCUACCACAUCUAUGGUGCCACACUUCUUUUGAUGAAUCCGUUCUACCUUGGCUGGACCGUCCUUAUCCAAUCGCAAUUUGAACCUGUUCAGUUCUGCCAAGCUAUCGAGAAAUACCGUGUUGCUCUUGCAUUUAUCGUACCGCCGGUCCUGGUCGUACUUGCGAGACAUCCCAUUGUCGACAAACAUGAUCUUUCGAGCCUGGAAUAUCUACUUUCUGCGGCCGCACCGCUCGGAGGGGAACUCGUAAAACAGGUGAAAACUCGUCUAUUGGCGAAACGUAAACCGGGUUCGCGAUGUCUCAUCACUCAAGGUUAUGGCCUCACGGAAACAACUACCGGUGUUUAUUGCCUUACUUUUGCAGACUCGGCUCGUAAAGUGGGGAGUGUUGGUACACUUAUUCCAAACCUCCAAGCACGCAUCGUCGACGAUGAAGAUGGGCUCGUUGACGCCUUACCAGGAGCCCCUGGAGAACUCUGGGUCAAGGGUCCCAACGUGAUGAAGGGUUAUCUUGGAAAUGUCACAGCGACGAAGGAGACGAUAACGCCGGAUGGGUGGUUCAAGACUGGUGAUGUGGUGGUGCAGGACAAAGAUGGCUUUGUCUGGGUGGUGGACCGCCGCAAGGAACUGAUCAAAUAUAAGGGCUUCCAAGUACCCCCCGCCGAGUUGGAGGCACUUCUCUUGACGCACCCAGAUAUCGCAGAUGCAGCGGUCAUCGGUGUCGAAAGCGCCGAACAAGCGACUGAGCUGCCUAGAGCAUAUGUUGUUCACGCUCGGCCUCAGGAGCUACAAAAGCAAGACGAACCAGGGUUUGGGCGUUCCGUUGCCAAAUGGCUCGAAUCCCGUGUCGCGAAGCAUAAGUAUCUUCGUGGAGGGGUGGUAGUUGUGGAUGUAGUUCCAAAGAGCGCGGCUGGCAAGAUAUUGCGACGAGAGCUGCGGGACAGGGCAAAGGCGGAGCUUGCUGUCGGUGGGCGUGCGAAGCUAUGA